CAACCAAGCCGCAUGUCAAACGUUCUCUCUCAAAUGUUAAUUAAUCAUUGGAUUAACAUUCCCAAACCUUUUGAAGCUCCCCUUUCUCUGCAAUGAGAUACUACUUUGGAGUAUCUCUCGACAACUGUCCGAUUAACCACAACAUGAUCUGAUAAAUCCUGUAUUCUGAUUCCAUUGUCCCCAUUUUCCCAGACCUCCUCCUUUCGACCGAAAGAUGGGGAAUAACCCCUCCUCAACCUCAAAGCUUCCCGCGCCCCAAACGCAUAACCACCAUGACUCUCCUAAACCCGUGAAGCGCGAUAUUAAACACCCCAUACCUGUGCACAACCAACGGGUCGCCGCUCCUCCCGAACCCUCUCUCGCCCAAGCACAGGGAACUACCACGAACAAUCGUUCAAAGCCUCUUCAGGCACGCCCGGUCGCCUCUCUCAACAACUCCUCUGCAUCCUCGACCCCGGCCAGCUCCGUCACUUCAGCCAAACCAGUCGAGGUAACCCCACAGCCGCCCAGAGAUGAGCCUACCAAACCCGUAGCUGUACCCAACUCGCGCAACUCGCCAUCUUCCCCCCGAUCACCACUCUCCAUCCCCCUCGAAGCCGCCGCCAUGUCGCACACCGGCACACAAGACAUGUACCCGCCCAGGCCUCCGCGCCUCCCCCUCCCCAUCGAAGAGGAGAUCCACACUCCGGGAUCGCCCAUCAUCGCCCCAGCCGACACCGGUCUGCCCCUUGAGGAGCUCGACAGCCUGGAUCACGAGGGACUGCCGAGCCGGUCAUCGGGUCUGAGCUCGACCACUGUCGAUGAGGACGAUUCUGAGGAGCUCCGCGUGGACAAGACAAGGCCAACCGUCCCGACUAGAUUGGAGUGGCUCCGCGGAGGAGAGAAGGUCUAUGUGACGGGAACAAUCUUCCACUGGAAUCGCAAGACCCGGUUGUUGCCAGUCGAAGGUCGACCUGGUGUAUUUGCAGCCACUAUCCACAUCCAGCCGGGAACGCAUCACGUACGUUUCCUGGUCGAUGGGCAGAUGCAGACCUCGCCAGAUCUACCGACAACGGUUGACUUUGGUAACAACUUGGUCAACUAUAUCGAGGUUAAUCCCGACGAUAUCCCGCCCCAGCUACCGGAGGCGUCCGGAGCACCCGCCGCUGGCAAAAAUGCCCAGCCGGUAUCCUCCAAAUCGUCACCAUCGGUGGACGGUCAAGAGAAGCCGCAACGGGACAGGAUCGUGUCUCCGGUCGACCAAUUUUCAGCCAAGAUACCCAGAUACCUCCUCGACUUCGAUCAACCAGAGGACUCAUCUCUCUAUCACAGUGCGGUCUCGGCGACUGACAAACUCCCAACCCCGCCAAGCCUCCCUGGCUUCCUGGGCAAGCCGAUCUUGAAUGCCGCCACGCUGAUUAAGGAUGAUAACAGCGUCCUCAACAUGCCAAACCACACUGUGCUGAACCAUCUGGCCACCAGCAGCAUCAAGAAUAACGUACUCGCAGUCUCGGCAACGACAAGAUAUAAGAACAAGUACGUCACAACGAUCAUCUACAAACCGACUACUGCCGACAGUAGCUGAACGGCGACGCUGAAUUAUCCCCUCUCCUCUCUUGCAAAGCUCGGUGGGAAGUAUGGUCAGUGGGCAGUGGUUGGGUCUUGUCCAAGGGACGAGGAGUUUUUUUUUUUUUUUGGGAGUGGCCAGGCUCGAUCUUGCAUCUGGUGAAACACCGACCAAGCUUCUCGAUGACGGAGCAACAUGGAAUGGCCAUAGAACAUCGGAGUUGGAUGGCAGUAGUGACAUGCCGCCGAAUUAUGACCGUAUCGCGGCGGUAUCCAGAUAGAUUGAAACUAAUAUCAAUCUCUCCACUUGACGAAAA